AUGGCAAAGUUAAGUUUACCAGAAUGGAGCGACGUCGAGCGAUAUUUUAAAGACCCUGAGUUAAUAACAGCAGAAAUAUUAUUUGUAGCUUUAACGUUAUGUAACGUUUUUGUUAUGUAUCGUCUAUUUUUAGAUGUUAUACCUUUUCCUAUUUUUGUUACUUGGUGGCAAUUGGCACAAGGUUUACUAGUUGCCUAUGUAUGUGGGGAAUUGGGUAGAGAAUUUCCUAAACUUGCUUAUUUUCCAAAAGUGGAAAUUAAUGAAAAUAUGCUUAAAGUUCUAUUUAUUCCGUCAAUUUUUUAUUGUUUGAUGCUUGUAUUAUCAAAUUAUUUAUUAUAUAAAACUCCAUGUAUAGCAUCAUACCCAGUACUUGUUAGCUUUACUGUUGUCUUUCAUCAUCUCACUCGUUUUGUUGGAUGCGGAGAAGAAUAUAUGCCAUUAAGAUGGCAAUCCAUUUUUUUUUUAUUAGUAGCAUUUAUAAUAGGCUGUUUUGAUUCCAAGAUUAUGGGAAAAGGAGUUAUUUUAUGGGCUUUAUUAUAUGCUCUAUCGUCAGCCAUUUUUAGAGCUGGUUUUAUGCAAAAAAUUAUGCAUUUAGUUGAUGGCAGAGGAAACACUCUACAUAAUAAUCAGCAUCUUUUAGGUGUACUUAUAUUACCUAUAUUAAUUAUAUUAUCAGGUGAAUGGACAGUGUUUCAAUAUAUGCCAUAUGAUUUCACUUCAUUACAUACAUGGCAAAUGUGGGGAUGCUUAAUAACAGUUGGAACAAUGCCCUUUAUAAAAAAUGUUAUAUCAAAUAGGUUGGUUAGAAGAACAGGUCAAGGACCAUGGAGAUUUUUGGAAAUUUUAUCAAUUAUACUUGUAUUUCUUAUAGGUAUGACUUUUAAUGCACCAACAUAUAAGGGAUACAUAGCAAUUUUAUGUGUAAUUAUUGGAAGAUCUAUUGGUGCAUUUGAUGUCUUAUUAAAUGCAUCAGAUUAUAUGCUUGCAGAAGACGAAAGAAGAAGAAAAAAUCCACGAUCUAACUAUGCAAAAAAUAGGCAAAGCACUCAAGCAUCUAAACCAUUUUUGUCCUCAGCUGACAAUGAAGAAGACGAAGAAAGUUCUUAUAGCUCUAAUGAUAGUAAAAGCUAUCAGGGAUCACAAGAUUACGAUGAUAAAGAAAGUGUAAAUAGUAGUUCACAACAAUAUAGUGUUAAUAAAGGAACAAGCAGAAUGGGUAGUUCAUCAAAUCAAACAAGUAAUGCAGGAAUUUCUGGAGAUGAAAGCAGAAUGGGAAGUAAAGCAAGUGCUAGCAGAACGAGUGGAAGAGGAUCAGGUUUUCAAAGCAAAUCUAAAUUAUCUAGAAAUUAUUCAUCAAAGGAACGAGAAAUGCUUGAUUCUCAAGCUUAA